UCCCUAAAAAAAGGGCUUAUUGGAAAGAAAAAAGGAAAAAAAAUCUAAGAGCUCUUUGGAGAUUUUAGCCAAAGUUAGAUUCAUGCAGUGCUACUACUUCUAUGGCCUCUGAUAAGUAAUCAGUCAAGUGGAUUUCAAUUGAAGAAGGCUUUUUACUUCCAUUUUAUUUCACCAACCAAACAGCAAGGGAAUUAGGGUUUCAAACGUGGCCUGGGUGAUUAGAGAUUAAGCUUAGAGCUCCAUUUUUUUUCAAUUCAUUUCAUCGUAAUUCUAUCAGGCUAAUUACUUUGUUAAUGAAUUUCAUAAAAAAAUAAAUGAAAACAGUUUAGAGGCAAUGUUGGCAUCUAGGUUUUCUUUCUUUGGAGGUGGGGGAUCAAAUAAAGUUGGCAAUUCUGUGGAAGGCGAUAAAAAGGAAUUGAAAGAAUUGAAUCCGACCCUAAAACUGCAGACAGAUAGAGAUGUGUAUAGACCUGGAGAUUCUGUUUAUGUUACAAUUGAGAUCUGCAAUCCCUUUACUAGUGGCAAUACUGGUGCCAUUGUACCUUCGCUUUUGAUUGAAAAGCUUGGCUUCGAAAUCAAAGGGAUCGAGAAGUUGGACACUCAAUGGUAUGCCACUCAAAAACCAGCGGCUGGAACAAAACAAAGGAGAGGUGAACAUGUUUUUCUGGACUGUUCAACACCAUCAAUGAUUUCAAAUCAGAUCGUGCCUUCUGGCUCUGCAAAAACUUAUGUGGUACGGGCUGUGCUUCCUAGCAUUAUACCUCCAUCUUACAAGGGUUCUACAAUUCGUUAUAUAUAUUAUAUAAAGAGUGCUCUGUCUGUUCGAUGGCUGAUACUGGAAAAUGGUCACUCCAGCAAGGAUUCAGUAAAAGAUCUUACUGAAGUGGAGGCUCGUGUUCCUUUGCAAGUAUGGGUAACUCAGAAAGGGAAUGGUUUGGUGAUGGAAGAUGGUCAAAGUGAUGGUAUUGUUCCUGCUACAACCAUUCAAACAGAUAUAUACUGGAAAGAGAUGGAUGGAGAUUCAGAAUGGGCUAGAGUCAAUGACCUGUAUGACAGUAUUGAGGAAGGGUAUGAGAGCUCAAGGGAUGAAAUAUCUUCUGUUUCAUCCUUUAAUCUUUCAAAGGAAAAUCUUAAUAGAACCUUUGGAAGUUCCCUAUCGUUGCAAUCGUCAGCAGCCAGGUCUUCAUUUAGAGAUGGUCCUUAUUAUGAUGGAGACCGUUUGAGUUUAUCUUCAAAUGUAGGGCUUCCACGAUUAUCAGUAGCAGAGGUCUUGCAUGAUUCUAGUGCUGACGUGUCAACUGCACUUCUAUCUCCAAGUCAGCAGCAGACUUCUACAAAAUCACUAGCUGCAAAUGAUAUAACAGGAGUAUCUUCUGCACCUAGCCCGGGAGCUACUGAACCUUUAGCAUCAGAAGGCUUUAUUCGAGGAAGGUCUUAUAAUAUCAGGAUGGAUGAUCAAGUUCUGCUAAGAUUCUCUCCUAAGAACUCUGAGUCCACUUAUUACUUCAGUGAUAUGAUAGGUGGGACUCUUACUUUCUUCCAUGAAGAAGGAGCUAGAAGAUGCCUUGAGGUUUCAGUCACGCUUGAAACUUCUGAGACUAUAAGUCGGCGUUUUGUUCAUCCUUCUAGGAGGAAUUCCCCAACAAUUACCAAGGUUCAGAGUGAUCAUCAUGAGGUUGUUGCUGAUUUGGUACAGACAGGUUUUCUCUUUUCUGUCCCCAUGGAUGGUCCCAUGUCAUUUUCCACUCCUCAUGUCUCGGUGCAGUGGGUUCUAAGAUUUGAAUUCUUUACUACUCCAAAGAAUGUAGACUGGACAAGAUACGAACAUCCUCUUUUCGUAGAAGGCAGAGACAAAUGUGAGUGGGUUCUUCCUAUAACAGUGCACGCACCUCCACCCGGAACUCCAGGUGCCCACACACGGAGUGAUAAACCUUUCUCCUUAGAGCCCUUGUGGACUCACAGUUGAAGUACCGUUGAUCGUGGGUGGGGAAUUAUUUUUAACCGAGCAGUCUCAAGCUCCAUUUACCAUUGCAACAACAAGAAUCUUACAUGAUAAUGGCCAACAGUUUGGAACUGUUUGAAUAGGGGACUUUGUCUAGAAGUUUUAAACUCAGUUUGUAAUAUAACAUGUUGAUAUUCAGCUUUUGUUCCUGGAAAUUGCAUUUGUUUCAGUCUUCUAUUGUUGGGAAGCAGAUGAGAAAAACGUAAAUCUGUUUUGGAGGAAUAUUUUAUGUAGACUCAAGUUUAGCAUUGCUAAUGGAAUAAAUUUGGUUAACAAAAA